AUGGAAGCUGAUCUACAUAUCCUACAGUUUUCUCCUGUCUCCAGAUAUAUCCGAACCAUGUAUCUGGGGAUCCAAAGCCAGAGGCAAAAGGAACACCAGCGGCGCUUUUACUGGGCUAUGAUGUAUGAGUAUGCAGAUGUCAACAUGCUGCGCCUCUUAGAGACCUUUCUCGAGAGCGCCCCACAAUUGGUGCUACAACUCUGCAUAAUGAUCCAGAAGAACCGUGCAGAAGCUUUACCGUGUGUAUCCUCUGUGGCCUCCCUGAUGUCCCUGGCUUGGGUGCUAGCCUCCUAUCACAAGCUUCUCCGGGACUCUAGGGAUGAUAAGAAGAGCAUGAGUUAUAGAGGAGCCCUUAUCCAUCUCUUCUGGCGUCUCUUCACCAUCUCAUCCAGAGUUAUCUCUUUUGCCCUCUUUGCUUCCAUCUUCCAGCUCUAUUUUGGGAUCUUUGUCGUGGUCCACUGGUGCGCCAUGGCCUUCUGGAUCAUCCAUGGUGGGACAGAUUUCUGCAUGUCUAAAUGGGAAGAGAUUCUCUUCAACAUGGUGGUAGGGAUUGUGUACAUUUUUUGCUGGUUUAAUGUCAAGGAAGGGCGGACCCGAUACCGAAUGUUUGCCUAUUACACCAUAGUCUUGACAGAGAAUGCUGCCUUGACGCUCCUUUGGUAUUGUUACAGAGAUCCCGACACUACUGACUCAUAUGCUGUGCCAGCGCUUUGUUGUGUCUUUCUUAGCUUUGCUGCUGGGAUAGCGCUGAUGCUCUUAUAUUACGGCAUCCUGCAUCCCAUGGGGCCGAGAGCUAAGAUUUUUGCCAGCUCCUGUUGCGCCGAGCUGCUCUGGGGCAUUCCUUUGCCCCCUGACAUUGAACCCAUGGCUCCUCAAACCCCUGGGUAUAGGGUGGCCCAGGCUACGCCACCCAGAGCGGCCACGGAGCAACAGGAGGAACUCACAGCUGACACAUGCUUACCAGUUUUCCAAGUGAGAGCUAUGGUGCCAUCAACUCCGUCUGGGAGACCAUUCCACCCAGAAGGCCCUCUCAUUAAGAUAGACAUCCCAAGAAAGAGAUACCCAGCUUGGGAUGCUCAUUUUGUAGACCGAAGGUUGAGAAGGACUAUAAACAUUCUCCAGUAUGUCACCCCCACCGCUGUAGGCAUUAGGUAUAGAGAUGGACCUCUCUUGUAUGAAUUGCUACAGUAUGAAUCUUCACUUUAA